GGAACUGAAGCCAAUUAGGCUCAUUAAUCCCCAUUCAGGGAAUCCCACCUGAGCAGCCCCUAAAUAAGAGCCCGUGUUCCGCUUUCCCCAAGGCAAAGUCACCCGGCCCGGGGAAGCCAAGGGGAGGAAGUCCAGUUACAGCGGCCUAACCCAGCCAGGUCCGCUCGCCCCGAAGCCAACCCUGGUUAGACGUGCCGUGUGAAGCCACCUUCCUAAACCUGGGUCAGGGGCGUUGUGUGAAAGGGCCUGGGGGGCAGGAGGGGCGGGAGAGGAGGCUGCCAUCUUAGCUUCCUCCCGGCCGAGGAGAGACAGCAACGUUUUUCCCCGCUGCCAGUCGUUCCCUGCUGAGGCGAAACGAGCGAGGAGAACGAGGCCAGAAGAGGCCUUCAGGCGCCAUGGCUCCCCUGCGCUCCCUCACGCACAAAUUGGCGGCUUUUCUUCGCUCCUUCGCCAUGCCGGUCUCCACAGCAAACGCCUUAGACUCUUCCACCGCCAGGCACAAUAUUCCCAGCGGCGACACGUCUCCUCAGAGCCUGCGCUUCGUCAAGCUGACCGAAAAUGCCUUUGCGCCUUCGAAAGGCUCUUCCCGCGCGGCGGGCUACGAUUUGUACAGUGCAUAUGACUGUGAGGUCCCUGCUUUAGGGAAAGCUAUUGUGAAAACAGAUAUUCAGGUUGCCCUUCCUAUUGGUUGCUACGGCCGAGUCGCUCCUCGAUCGGGAUUAGCUGUAAAUCAUUUCAUUGAUGUUGGUGCUGGCGUAAUUGAUGAAGACUACAGGGGAAAUGUUGGUGUUGUAUUGUUUAACUUUGGAAAGGAACCAUUUAAAGUUAAAAAGGGUGACAGGAUUGCUCAACUAAUCUGUGAGCGCAUCUACUAUCCAGUUCUUGAAGAAGUUAAGGUUUUGGAUGAAACAGAUCGUGGCUCAGGCGGUUUUGGAUCAACUGGGCAGAAAUGAAGACAACUUUUAUAUAUUUUUGUACACCUUUUAAAAUGUAAAUAAACUUUUGUUAGAAAAUUG